AUGGAAAUACAUUCCUUCUGCGACGGAUCGUUAUCUGCUUACGCAGCUGCCGUAUAUCUGCGCAUACAAUACCAACAUGGUGAGAUCCACACCCAUCUGAUCACGUCUAAAGCCAAGGUAACACCACAGAAUCUAAUAACGAUUCCACGAGUAGAGUUAUGUGGUGCAGUAUUAGCUACAACCGUUGCCAAAUGGGCGCAACAACACUUACAACAACGCUGUGGUGAGAUUCCGAUAUAUUAUUGGACCGAUGCAACGAUCGUCCUACACUGGAUUGCCGGUGAUAUACAUCGAUGGAAACUCUACGUGGCGAAUCGCGUAGCUAAAAUUUUGUCAGUUAGCUUGCCCAGUCAAUGGAGUCAUGUCAAAACUCAGGAUAAUCCGGCCGACUGCGCGACUAGAGGUUUAACUCCGACUCAACUUCAACAAUUCGAUCUUUGGUGGAUCGGUCCUGCGUGGCUUCGGCAAGAUAAAUCGACCUGGCCUAUUUCUUCUAGUAGCCCAGACGAUAUCGACAGCACAGCUACCGAAGAAAAACCAGCUAAAGUAUUAGCGCUUUCGAUAAUUACCGAACCUUCGUUUCUACUACGAUAUUCUUCCUACAUCAAACUCGUACGUAUAACAGCUAGGCUGCUACGAUUCUUUUAUAAUCUUCGCAAAACUCGCAAGGAAGACCGUCAUAGUGGACCGCUCACCACUAACGAACUUCAGCAAAGUCUCUUUCGAAUUGUUCACAUGGUACAGUGUGAAACAUUUGGCUCGGAAAUUCGAUGUAUUAAAUCUAAAAUCAACAUACCCACAACAAGCAAACUAGUCAGUUUGACACCUUUCCUAGAUGGAAACGAAGUUCUUCGCAUACGCGGUCGCUUACAUCAUGCGAAUCUGCCAUAUGAUCAAAAGCACCCCAUGAUUUUGCCGAGCAAUCACCACUUUACGAAACUUCUAAUCGACUUUGCUCACCAAAUUACAUUACACGGUGGAGCGCAAUUGACGCUUACAUACAUCCGUCGAAAAUUUUGGAUCAUCCACGCUCACAAAACUGUGAGACUUCAUCUCCGGCAUUGCAUCAUUUGCUUCCGUAACAAACCUUCGUUAGUCUCUCAAUUGAUGGGAGACCUGCCCGCAAAACGUGUAAAUCCACCUCAACGCGCAUUUGUUGCAACUGGAGUGGACUACACAGGUGCCAUCGAAAUAAAAUCGUCGAAGUAUAGAGGGCACACGGUGUAUAAAGGUUACGUAGCCAUAUUUAUAUGCCUUGCAACCAAGGCCGUGCACCUUGAAGCCGUCACUAGCAUGUCUACCGAGCAUUUCUUGUGGGCGCUACAGCGUUUCAUCGGGCGACGUGGCCUUUGUCAAGACAUCUAUAGUGACUGUGGCACCAACUUCAUUGGUGCAGAUGGCAUUCUAAAAACUAAUUACCAAAAAUUUCGAGCCGACUUGGAACGCGAAGUCAUCCCAAAACUGACUGACCUACAUAUUCAAUGGCAUUUUAAUCCACCUCAAUCUCCCAACUUUGGGGGACUUUGGGAAGCCAAUGUAAAAUCAAUUAAAUACCAUUUGAAACGAGCUGUCGGUGGAACCCGGUUGACAUACGAACAGCUAUCUACAGUCUUGGUUCGUAUUGAGGCGUGCCUUAACUCUAGACCGUUAUGCCCACUUACCUCCGAUCCAGAUGAUCUUUUGGUGCUCACACCCGCGCACUUCCUAAUCGGCGAUGCUUUACUGCCACCACCGGAAUCGGCUCCUGAAAACAAAUCGUUGUCUUUACAAUAUUUUGAGCUCCAAAGAUUGGUUCAACAAUUUUGGAUAAGAUGGUCCUCAGAUUGGCUCUCGCAUCUUCAAGCGCGUCCCAAAUGGAGACAACAAGAACAAAAUUUAGCAGUCGGUGAACUUGUCUUGAUAAAGGAUGAUCGAUUACCACCCAAUCAAUGGUUAUUGAUGCGUAUUACGGAACUACAUCCCGGAUCAGACCACCUUGUUCGUGUCGUCACUGUUCGUACGCCAAACGGUCUUUACAAGCGGUCGGUUUCGAAAAUUUGCAGAUUGCCGAUUCCAACUUGCAAUGAUGCCAACAUAAUUCACUAA